CAGCCGGACCGCGCGUUGCUGGCUAGUUCCUAGCCCCUGCCAGCCGAGGAGGUGCGGGCGGGCCAUGUCGGAGAUCCUCUGCCAGUGGCUCAAUCAGGAGCUGAAGGUGUCCCGGACCGUGAAUCCCAAGUCCUUUGCAAAGGCAUUUUCCAGCGGCUAUCUAGUUGGGGAGAUUCUGCACAAAUUUGAACUUCAGGAUGACUUUUCAGAAUUUUCAGACAGCAGGAUUUUGGCUGCUAGACUUAGUAACUUUUCCCGCGUGGAGCCAACCCUUCACCUUCUGGGUGUGCAAUUUGAUAAGAAUAUGGCCCAAAGCAUAAUUACAGAAAAGCCUGGAGCAGCGACAAAACUCCUCUAUCAGUUGUACAUCGCUCUGCAGAAAAAGAAGAAAAGUGGACUGACGGUAAUACCAAUAGCAACCACACAGCCGCUGACAAGUUUAAAAGUUCAAAACAUGAAAACUGAGGCUUUCCGAGAGCAACGCUUAAGCAGAAGACGACAAAAUGAAAUAAUGGCCCAAAUCCAAGCAGCUAUCAUACAGAUUCCUAAACCUGCUUCAAAUCAAACGCUGAAAGCACUUGAGGCUCAAAAAAUGAUGAAAAAGCAACAAGAAGCAGCGGAUGUUGCUGAUGAGAUCAUGAAGUUUGAAGCAUUGAUAAAAAAAGAUCUCCAGGCAAAAGAAAGUUCAUCCAAGACUACUUUAGACACAGCAGACUAUACGACUGCAGACUUGUUAAACACUUACUCAGAUGAUGACUACAUUAAAAAAAUCCAGAAGCGCCUAGAAGAAGAUGCUUUUGCUCGAGAGCAAAGAGAGAAAAGGCGACGGAGGCUGCUGAUGGACCAGUUAAUUGCCCAUGAAGCCCAGGAGGAGGCCUACCGGGAGGAGCAGCUGAUCCACAGGCUCAUGCGACAGUCCCAGCAGGAGCGCAGGAUCGCGGUGCAGCUCAUGCAUGUCCGGCACGAGAAGGAAGUUUUAUGGCAAAACAGAAUUUUCAGAGAGAAACAGUAUGAGGAAAGAAGGCUUAAAGAUUUCCAGGAUGCCCUUGAUCGAGAAGCGGCUUUGGCAAAACAAGCCAAGAUUGAUUUUGAAGAGCAAAUCCUCAGAGAGAAACAAGUUCAUGAACAGAUUGCUGUGGAAAGAACCCAGGCUCGUUAUAGAAAGCAUUACAAGAUAUGUGAAGACAUUUUGGACCAAAUACUUGAUUUGUCCACUAAAGUAGCAGACUACCGAAUGCUAACAAAUAACCUGAUUCCUCUUAAGAUGAUGCAUGAUUGGAAGGAACUGUUUUUUCAUGGAAAACCCAUAUAUGAACAAAUUUCUCUUAAGGAUAUACCCGCUAAGCCCUCUGAGGAACAUCUUCUAGAACUGGAUAAAAGAGAAUUGCUAGAUAAAAAAGAUUAUGAAGAUUAUAAGAACAUGGUUGGAGAAUGGGCUGUACCAGAAGAAAUGAGGGAGAACCUACCCCCCUCCAACAAUUCCAUACUGGGCCACGUACUCCACAGACUCAUAGAAAAGUCUCUUCCUCCACAAGCUGAGCCAACCGAACCUGAGCUGCCCUCAUCUGCUAUUAGAGGAUGCUUGCUGGGGAAAACGCUUAGUGGGAAAACUGUCACUCUGCAGACUUUACAAAGAGAGUUUCCUAUUCAGGUACUUUGUAUUGACACUCUGGUCCAAGAGGCAAUCCAGGCAUUCCAUGACAGUGAAAAAGUCAGCGGGGACCCAGCAAUUCAGAAAGAAGGUGGAGAGGCUCCAUCAAAUCCUCAUCUGGGCAGUAAAGGAACCCAGGACUCACACAGUGUAUCUUCAGUUGCUCCAGUUUCGGGUGAACCAUUACCAGAAACAGAAGGUGAGACCCCACCUAGUACAAAUACUAAUAGAAAACCAAAAUCUGAAGACGUCAAAUCAAAUGAUAAUGAUAAUUUUUCCAAACUCACAGUUCGUGCUCGGCUUGGUGCACAAUCACAGAAGCUGCUGAAGAAGGGGAAGAGCAUUCCAGACACUCUGCUAGUUAGCAUCAUAGUAAAUGCUAUUAAUGAGAUUCCUGCGGAUCAAGGCUGGAUCCUUGAUGGGUUUCCAAUGACUUUAAACCAAGCACAGCUCCUGGAGGAAGCUCUCACUGGUCGCAAUAGAAACCUCAUAGAGAUGGAGGCAAAGAAAACACAAGCAUCCACAUUGGCUGUGGAUCCUACAGCAACAAAAGAAAUACCUCCUCCCUCUUCUGCGUUGGAUUUUGUCCUGUUACUGGAUAUUUCAGAUACUUGCCUACUGAAUCGCAUGAAUAAUAUCAUGGGUGAAGAAUUUUCACAUGAAAUGGUUCAUAAAGAUACUGGUCAACAUGGAACUGCUGAAAAUCAAGAUAAGCAUGAGUAUCAGAAUUUACGAGAUAACAUACAAAAUAGAAUUGUAGGCUUCUUGGAUAACUGGCCUUUGUUGGAACAGUGGUUUUCAGAACCAGAAAAUAUUUUGAUAAAAAUCAAUGCUGAAAUAGAUAAAAAGCCUUUAUGCCAAAAAGUAAAAGAAAUCUUUACAACUGAGAUAAUGAAGAAAAAUAAUAAAGUUGAAAAGAAAUUAGAAGAAAAGGAAGCUGAGAAAAAGACAGCAGCUUCCCUGGCUGAGUCUCAAUCUGUACCAACUCCUCUUCCUGAGCCAGAAAAAGAGAAGGAAGUUCAUGCUCAGCACAAGCAGGAGCCUUCAAAAACUCCUCCUGCCAAAGGAAAACCACAAUCAGAAACCUCACAUGGCAAACAAGAACCUCUUCCUGAAGGAAAAGGAAAGAAAGGUUCUCCUAAAGGAAAACCACCAGGAGGUAAAACACCAAUAAAGAAAUCACCUGCUGGGUCUACAGAAGUAUCACCUACUCCAGUGGGGCCAUCGCCACCUAAGCCAGGAUCUGAAGAAUGGGUCUAUGUGAGCGAGCCAGUCCCAGAGGAAGUGCCUGUAUUUUUAGUAUCUUAUUGGCAAUUAAUAGAGAAUUCCUACAUAAACACCAUCAAAACAGCACUCAGGAAUCUGCGAGAAGAUCAGCAUUCUCUAAUUGCUUACUUAUAUGAGAUUAGAACAAGCUUCCAGCAGCUUCUAAGGCAGCCAGAUUACAAGCAAGAAUUUGUAUCUCAAUGGCAAACCGAUUUCAACUCUCAAGACCUGUGGGGUGAUGAGGAAACAAAGGCCGAGUUACACCAAAGACUGAAUGAUCUGCGUGACCGCCUGUGGGACAUUUGUGAUGCCAGGAAGGAAAAGGCAGAGCAGGAGCGGCUUGAUAUCAUCAACGAGAGCUGGUUUCAAGACUCCAUCGGAAUAACCAUGAACCACUUCUCCUCACUCAUGCAGGCAGAACUGAACCGUUUCCAGGAUACAAAGAGAUUCCUUCAAGAUUACUACAGGGCAAUGGAAUGCAAAAGCCCUACAGAGGAUAAUAGGAAAUUUAAUCGAAUCACAUUGAUUAAACUGGAUUCUAAAGACGUUUCCGAAACUCAGAUUAGGCUUCCUCCAGUUCCUCGAAUAUCCAUUUCUCCAGAAACAGGUACGCUCAGACCAAAAGCAAAAGCAAUAUUGAAAAACAAGGUGGAUUGCUCACUAGAAAGCAUAGUGUUAAACUUUGAGGCAAAUGAGAAGUUGGUCAUGGACACCUGGCAGCAGACCUCUUCAGCAAUAGCUCACAUGCUGACUGCUGAAAUUCACCAGAGGAUCAUGGAAGAAGAAAAAGAAAACCAGCCAGCAGACUCAAAAGAAAAGCCACCUCCGAUGGGUGCGAAUAAAAAAGGCAAGAAGGAAAAGGAGCCCCCUCCAAAAAAGAAGGCAGAUAAAGCAGCAAAAGAUAAAUCACCUUCUAUAGCAGACUCCACUUCUGUGGUGGUAACAGCAGAGGAAAUGGCUGAAAUGGAGAAGAAAAAUGAAUUGAGGCUCAAAAUAAAGGAAGAACAUAUUACUGCCCUGCAAUUUGAAGAGAAAGCUACACAGUUUCGACUUGAACUGAUAAAGGCCAAAGCAAUGAGCGUCCUUGAAGAUGAGGUCAUGCUUGUGACCGAUGCCUACAGAUUCAUGGAGAAGUGGCUCGGUGAGAGGUAUUUGAAUGAAAUGGCCAGUAUAGAAAAAUUAACUAAAGUAGCUCGCUACCACAUUGAAACAGCCACAAAAAUUCAGGAGGAGCUUUAUUUAGGCCAAGAAGAAUUCUUCAUUAAUGACAAUAUAAAAGUCUUCCCAGAUCCUCCUCCACCAGCUCGGCCUCCUCCUGUAGAAAAGGAAGAAAAUGGCACCAUGACCAUCGAACAGCUUGACAAUCUUGAAGAUCAGUUCUUAGAUAUAGCCCCUAAAGGCAUGAUGGGAAAUAGAACAUUCAAUGACAUUUUGUUUGAUCUGGUAACCCUGAAUCUUGGAACAAAUAGCCUUCCUAGUAGCUGGAUGCAUCUCACCCCAUCUGAGCUGCAAGAAUUGACAUCUUUAUUAGUGGUAAAUACUGAGUUUGUGGACUGCUGGAAGUUCCUGUUAGUAGCAGCGAUGCCUUGGCCCAUCCCCCAGGAGGACGAGCUCCUGGAGACCCUGAAGAGGUUCCAAGCUGUGGAUGAGGCACAGACAGGCAGCAUCAAUUUUGAGCAGUAUAUGAAGGCUGGCCUGUGGUUUUCAGGAGAUGUAGAGAUAAAAGCUCCAGAAAAUCCCCUUGAGCCCUUGCCAUUUAAUAGGCAGGAACAUCUUAUAGAGUUCUUCUUCAUGCUGUUUGCUGAUUGUGAGAAGGAUCCACCCCAGGUGGACUACACUCAGAUGCUACUGUAUUUUGCGUGCCACCCGGACAUGGUAGAAGGGAUCUACAGAGCCCUCAGUGUGGCUAUUGGAACUCAUAUCUUCAGACAAGUUGAAACCCCUAUGCUGGCUCAAGAAAAGACCUCCUUCUCUUCUAUGGGUCCCACUGAUGAUAUUCUCAAACUUGAUGAAAAUGAUGGAAGAGAAAGAAGAGAACGGAAAGAGGGGAGAGAUGAAAGGGAGCCAAAGGAAAAAGAAGCAUCUGCAAAGGCAAACACUGAAAAGAUUUCCAUGGAAAAACUGCUCACAGUAUUCCGAGGAGGAAGUGAGGCACAGGAUACUAACAGAUUCGCCAGACACCUGAAGAUAAAGAACAUUUAUACAGAGAAUUUCCAAAAGACAUUUCAAGACCUAGGUGUCAAGAAUGUGGAACUGAUUGAAAUUGCUCUUCUUUUGAAACAUCCUUUCAUUCAAGAACUGAUUGAAAAUUAUUCAGACUAUACAAUUCCUUUUAUUAAGAAGAUUCUGCAAAGGAAUGAACAUGUCCAAAGAAGUGAUGAAGAAAAAUCACCUUCAAGAUUGACAGAGGAAAAGAAAUGAAGACAAAAGAGUGUGAUAUUUAUAAUUUGGCAAUAAAUUUUGCAAAAAUCAA